AUGGCAAAAUCAAGAGGAAUCACUACAGGAAAGCUGCUAAAACUGCUUCAUCCUUUCAUAAUACUGAUUGUAAUACUAUCAAGAACAAAAGCAGCCUCUGAAGUAGCUCUAUCCCUUCCUGGAUGCCCCGAUAAAUGUGGGAACAUUACGAUCCCAUAUCCAUUUGGGAUCAUAGAAGGCUGCUACUUAAACAAAAAAUAUCAUGUAAAUUGUUCUACACUAAGUGUUUCAGAAACCAGAUUCAAACUGUUACACAUAUCAUUUGAUGGCUAUAUGCGUGGCUUGUUGCCGAUAGGUUAUCGUUGUUACAACACAGCUCAUAAAAUAACCAUCAGCCAAGAACCCAAAAUACAGUUGUCCAGGUUUCAUGUCUCAAGCACUGAGAAUCUCUUGACUGUAGUUGGGUGUGAUGCUAGAGCCAACAUGAAGACUGCUAAGGGUGAAGGCUACUAUACUGGAUGCCUAUCAAUGACUGGUUGCGAUAGGUUAACCAGAGGUUCGUGUUUAGGCAUGGGUUGCAGCCAGGUUCCGGUCCCUCCUUACCUCACAAGGUUUCGGAUCCAUGCACAAAGCAACACACGAGGGGAGAACGUGGGAAACUGGAGUUAUAAUAACUGCACGUAUGGAUUUCUUGUUGAGAAAGGUGGUUACAUAUUUCGUAAAAAAGACGUUGAUAAUUUGAAGAAGCGGGCUUUCCCUGUUGUUCUUGAAUGGUCGGUUGACUACAUAACCUGUGAAGAAGCUCAAAAGAACAUGUCUACAUAUGCUUGUCAAGAAAAUAGCGUAUGCCUUGAUACUACGACUGAGUCCAAUCGAACUUACCAGGGGUAUCGCUGUCAGUGUGCUAAAGGGUACCAAGGUAACCCAUACCUGCCAAAUGGGUGUCAAGAUGUCGAUGAGUGUCAAGGAGCUCAACAUGAUUGUAAAUACGACUGCAGUAACAUAAAUGGGAGCUACAACUGUUCAUGCCCCUUAGGGCAGCAGGGAGAUGGUCGAAAGGAUGGGAAUGGUUGCUCUUAUACACAAGGAAUCAAAUCGCUUGGAAAUUCAGUCUAUUGGGGAAUCAGCAUGGGAACUUCAGCUUCAUUUUUGUUAACAUUUAUCAUAUACUGGGGACUCAGACAAAGGCAGAUCAUGAAGAGCAGGGAGAGAUUCUUCAAGAAAAAUGGCGGAUUGAUUUUGCAGAAAGUACUAUUUGAAUCUAAACAAUCCUCCCACGUGGCCAAGAUUUUUGCAGCAAGAGAUCUUGAAAAGGCAACCAAUAACUUCAACAAAACAAAUAUCAUCGGUCAAGGAGGUUAUGGAAUAGUUUAUAAAGGUACACUAUCAGAUAAAACAACGGUUGCCAUCAAGAAAGCUAAGUCAAUUGAUGAGAGCCAGAUCGAGCAGUUUAUAAAUGAGGUGAUUAUUCUAUCAGAAAUUAGCCACCCAAAUGUCGUCAAACUCUUGGGUUGUUGCUUAGAGACGCAAACUCCUCUCCUGCUUUAUGAGUUUGUAACCAACAAAACUAUCUUCCACCACCUUCAUGAACAAGACUUCAUAUCUUCAAUGACGUUUGAAAGACGCCUAAACAUAGCCACGCAGACUGCUGAAGCCCUUGCUCAUAUAUACUCAACGACACAAAUCAUUCAUAGAGAUAUUAAAUCUUUGAACAUACUUUUGACUGACGACUACAUUGCCAAAGUGUCUGAUUUUGGAAUCUCGAGGUUCAUUCCAAUUGAUGAGACUCACAUACAGACACUGGUGCAUGGGACUCUCGGAUACAUAGAUCCAGAGUACUUUCGAUCAGGAAUUUUGACAGACAAGAGUGAUGUUUAUAGUUUUGGCAUGGUUCUUGUGGAGCUGCUUACAAGCAGAAAAGUGUUUUCACAUGAUAGAACUGAAAGUGACUUGGGUCUGGCAGCCUAUUUCAUUUCUUCGCUGGAAAGGGGCCACUUGCUUCAAGUUCUUGAUGAUAAAGUGAAAAACGAUGGGCUCAAUGAACAUAUUAGAUACUUUGCUAGACUUGCCAAAGAUUGUUUGGAACUAGAGGGCAAGAAAAGGCCUAAUAUGGUUAGAGUGAAAGAGGAGCUCAACGAAUUGAGACAAUCUUAUUUGAAGAGCUCUAUUAUGUCAAAGAAAAUCAAGCAUGAUGACCUUUACGAGAUUCUCUAUUUUGAUUGA